GUCUCCGUGCGGGAGGAGGGCGAGGACAAGGGACCAAUUUGCCCCCCGCUUCCAGCGCAAUAUCAGCCAGCCGCCUACAGCACGACGACACCGCAGUUACACAAAACCGUCACGGACUUUACCGGGAUCACCGAGGUGCAGCCGGUUAUUCCGCUCUUGCUUAACUCAACGAUCAAUCUUGCCAGGCCAAUUCCGGCGGUCCAAGAAUAUCCGCCUAACCCGCCGCCCAUACCACCCCCGCCGGAAAAGUAUUACGCCAGUACGGAGAUCUGUAAGAGUUCUUUGCCACCACUGCCACCCUCACCUACGCCGAGCACACCGCCUCCGAUGAGCGCGAAAGCCUCCAGCAGUAUGACUAGCUACAGUCCCGAGGAUAUGCUCACGGAGGAAGAGGAAGAAAUACCCGAGUGUAUUCUCGACUUCCCGCGGGAGAAACUCAACAUCGUUGAAAAUCUCGGUUGUGGAUAUUUCGGCGAUGUUCAUCUCUGUGAGGUCGAUAGGUUUCCCGGAUACGACGAGAUCUUCAGAAAUACAUCGAGCGAUCUGGUCGUUGUUAAAUCCCUAAAACCGGGUUCUUCCGACGCUCUCAGGAUAGAAUUUCAACAGGAGGCGAAGAGGCUGGUACGGCUCGCCGAUCGAAAUGUCGCGCGGCUACUCGGUGCCAGCCUCGAGGACGAUCCCAUGUGCAUCGUAUUGGAAAACGGCGAGCACGGGGAUUUGAAUCAAUACCUGCAGAGUCACAUCGCCGAAACUUCGAACCUACACACGGCAAAGACGCUCAGUUUCGGCACAUUGGUUUACAUGGCCGCGCAAAUAGCAUCCGGCAUGAAGUAUCUUGAGGAAAUGGACUUCGUGCAUCGAGACCUCGCCACAAGGAAUUGCAUAGUGUGUCGCGGAUGCACCAUCAAGGUAUCCGAUUUAGGCAGCGGACGAAGCGCAUACGCAGCGGAUUACUUCCGUAUCGAGGGACGUCCUCCAUUACCGAUACGAUGGAUGGCAUGGGAAUCAAUGCUAAUGGGAAGGUACACAAGCAAAGGCGACGUCUGGGCGUUUGCCGUCACGCUGUGGGAGAUUUUGACGUUCGCGCGGGAGCAACCCUUCGAAGAAUUUCCGGAUCAUCGAAUAGUGGAGAACGCGACUUACUUUUAUCAGGAGGACGAGCGAAGGAUGAUACUACCGCUGCCAAAAAACUGUCCUAAAGAGAUCUACGAUUUGAUGCGGGAGUGCUGGCAGAGAAACGACGUCGAUCGGCCGAGCUUCCGCGAGAUUCACCUCUUCUUGCAACGAAAAAACCUCGGUUACAAGCCCGGUGAGUCGAACGAUACCUGAUAUAAAGAACUGGAAGGCUGGAACCUUAUCCGGCUUUCUAUGAUCGGCGAGCUAAACGGCAAUUGGUGGAACUGCCCGUCAUCUACCACAAGCUAGACCAAGUCAGACCAAAAGUUAGUACCUACAUAGGGGGUGACGAUCCAUAAAUUUGACUGGGACGGACGUAAAUCGUUUGUGAUAGCGCGCGCGUGGGUCAUGCGCGCGAGUCGAUGAUAACCGUAUUGUACUACCAAGAUACUACGUACAUGAAGAACGAAGACGUGGAAAUUUACGAGCUCAGCUCGAGCUCAGAAUUUUUCAACCGUUCGUGACAUUAGGUAUCAGAUUCUCCGUUUGGCCUGUCAUCGUAUACAUACAUCGCUGCGAAAUAUAGCGCUGCGAAUUUAAUCGAUAGCCGUUACGAAAUCAUUAAAAAAAACAAACAAACAAACAAAAUGCACAAAAUCACUAAUUGUCCGAUGCGUUUGCGACAAACAAUAAUGCAAACAACAAAUUCUUUGUGCAAAACGUGAUUCUCUCUCUAAUUAAUUUCUCUCCGCGCAUCUCAAAGAGAUGCGCAGAAAUCGACAUCUUGACGACGAAGAAAUAUGCGUAUCCGUGUCUAUUCUUGUCUUAUAUAAUUUGACAACAAAACAAUCGUCUUUAACAAAUAUAACGUUUUGUAUACAACUUUUGAUACAUAAUUUCUAAUUACGCACAUCUAUUGUUAUUUCACUGUUACGUAAGUGUUAAAUACGUCGAUGUACUUUGUGAAAACGACGCUCUAUUGUUCGGUUUCAUACGUGAUGCACGUCGUUCGAUCUCUUCCCGCUUUGUCUUCUUCAGAGAAUGCAAUUUCUUGCUCGUCUUCUUUCCCCGUUACAUCGAUCCGCCCGCAGAAGUUUACGCGUAUCGACUGAAAUAGCUCCCGAUAGUUCUCUCUCUCUCUCUCUCUCUGUCUCUCUAUUCCCGCGAUAAUGAUCCGGAGCAUUCGCGUUCGCCCAAUCGAAAUGGAUAGAUUAUGAUUUUGAUCCGUGGCAUUCGGUACGAAAUGGAACGUUACGUUAGUGUCGGCAAUACGCGGGGAGCACGUUCGAUAAAUCGGCGCGUACGCUCUGUUCCGAAAUUGAUACUGUCAGCAAACAAGCUUAUGAUAUUCCCGCCGUAACGGCACUCGCGUCACGUUCGGGAUAUAUGUGGAUUGGACUUGAAAAUCGCGCCCGCGCGCGGUUACGUAACAUUUUUGUUACAACGAAUAUAAGUAUGGUAUAGCACGCGCGCGCGCGCGAGUCCGAACAAACUCUCACGCCGACCCUCUCGAAAACUGGGUGGAUCUUUAUCCCGGAUCGGAAUCCGCCGACUCUUACGUAGGAUUACAUUAUCCGUUUACAGAUCUUUUGUAUGUCAGUUUCGUCGACGUGUUCGCGAAGAUGGAAACUUACGCGUUUUU